AUGGCAGUCACUUGCAGGGUAAAGCUGCAAUGUGGUGGAAUGUUUUUUGCAUUGCUGGGAUGCGUUCUCACCUGUGUUAGCACUUUUGUGCCACUUUGGAAAAAUCUGAACCUAGAUCUGAAUAAGAUGGAGGUUUGGACCAGUGGACUGUGGCAGACAUGUGUUGUGCAAGAUGAAGGUGGAAUGCAGUGCAAAGAUUUCGAUUCCUUUCUGGGAUUGCCAUUGCCGCUGAGGAUGGGAAGGAUUCUGAUGUUUCUCUCUAAUAGUUUGGGGAUCAUUGGCCUUGUAGUUUCUACAAUGAGUUUGGAAUGUCUGAAGAUUGGAGAAGGAGACACAAAAAAGAAACUAGCACUCCUUGGUGGGACAUUACUUUUGAUCUCAGGUAUCGUUGCUCUAGUUCCAGUAUCUUGGAUAGCUUAUGAUACAGUCCAGGAAUUUUGGGAUGAGACAGUCCCAGAAAUUGUUCCCAGAUGGGAGUUUGGAGAAGCUAUGUUCAUGUGCUGGUUUGGCUCCUUUUUCCUAAUAUUUGGCGGCUCACUCUUCUUUUGCUCAAUGCCAUCUACAAAAUACCAGCCAAGUGUUAAACGUCAGGGUAUAAACACCGCUAGAUCACUGUAUCGACCUUACACUGUGCAAAGCAGAUGCCCUGAUCUGGACAUCUAA